GACAUGGACCUGGGGAGCAGAGUGGAGCUAUGUGAAUAAACACAACAGAUAUGAUUUCACGGUCCCGACCGAGAGAUGACGAUCGCGGCCCACAAAGGAUCUGAAUCGAGGUGAGGAGAAGCCCAGAAAACAAUGGAAUUCUUCCAGGUGUGUCUGCAUCCCCCCAGUGAAACCAUCGUAAUGACGACAAACUGUUUUCGUACUUCUUACAAAAACCUUAAUGAAUUGCCACACCAGACCGACAAUCAAGCAACAGUAAUUGGCACGCUAGCGGGUUCCUCGGUUAAACGGCCCCUGUUUCCAAGAUGGAAGAAUGUAAGUGAUGGAGGGAUGCAUUGCAAGGAGUGCGUCAGAGGGUCUAAGCACCAAUCAGCAAUGGCGCAAGCUGUGGACAUGUCAACUGAUAUCAGCUACGAUGAGUAUUUAAAGGCUUAGAGAGCCAAUCUGAGGAGACAGACACAGACAAACACUGAAAGAUGAGGCUAUCAUCUUACCAACUGGGCACCUUACAGCCCAUGCUCGCCCUUCUCUCCCUGGUCCUCCUGAUCCCCGCGCCGGGGGCCAACACACACCCCCACUUCCCUGCUGCCGUCCUCCCCACGUUGGAGCACCCCAACUGGGAGGCUGCUUUACUCCAGCUCCAGGCUUCUCUAGAUGUCCCCGGGAGCCUCCGGCCUUGGGGCCCGCUGCUCGGCGUGGGGCCUGGAGACCCCCGCCUGGGCCUCUUCAGGGAGCUGGGGGUGGAGGACGUCCGGGGACAGGAGGCCAUACGACGGGGCCAGAGAGGGGAGCUGGAGAGGAGGCCACUGGGGCCGUUUCCGGGGCACCCAAUGGAAACCCUGCAUUAUCAGGAAGGAGGGGAGGAAGAGGGGGAGGUGGGGGGGAAGAGGAACGAGGCCCUGACGUCCAUUGCUGGAGGUCUUCAGGCCUUCAACAGGGAAAAGGGGGGCUUUGGGUUCCGCUUUGGGAGGAAGUGAUGGAGAAGGAGGAUGAAAACGAGAGAACAUGGAAAGGAGGAAAAAGAAACGGGACUCAAAGGUGGGGAAGGGGAGGGGGGUGGAAAUGCGGUGGGGUGUUGAGGGGUGAGCAGGAGGA